UAAAUAUACCACGUUUAAUUAAGGUAUCUUAAAAAAAGUUACGUAUUGUAGAUAUACAAAAGAUAAUAAAAAUGUGUUAAAACAAACCUCGGCCAAACUUUUCACAGUACUACAGAAUAGAAAAAGUAAAUUUUCGGACAGGUCAAUUUUGUUAAAUAUUAAUACAUUUUCAAUAUGGUUUCAUAUUCUGCUAUGGUUUCCCAUGUGGGAUACAAACUUGUACAGUUUAAAUAAAAUUUGUGUUCUUAUCGCAAAUCCGUUUAAAUCACAAGACAAUAGACUAGUCAACCCAACUUGAUGCUACGUCAACAAAGCGGAGCUGACAACAAACACGAUGUUUUCGGCUUUCAGCUUUUAAACAUGUUUUAAUCAAACUUCAACGACAGAAGUUGUGCAAAAAUCGGUGUAAACCUAAUUUGUUCGACAAAGUAAUUUUUGAUAAUUUUAGGCACGUUAUGAGAGUACAGGCGCGCGCGAUAUCGAAAAAUGGCGAGUGUAAUGUGAUUCAAAAAACAUCUACAUCCCAAAAUUUCGUAGUUUUCCGUUACAAAAGGCUGGUGGAUUCUUGUUGGGGGUUUACUCUCUCGGCCUUUUUGAUUAUUCUAAGCAUCGCCUGGUUGAUAUUCGGAAUACUCUACUGGCUGAUUUGCUUCACUCACGGCGACUUUGAGCCACACCACCUGCCGGAGUAUCAAAAGGCGAACAAUUUCACGCCGUGCAUCUAUGACGUCAGGAAUUUCGCCUCAUGCUUUUUGUUCAGCAUGGAGGCGCAGCACACGUUGGGUUACGGCAUCAAGGCGCCGACCGACGCUUGUCCGGAAGCCGUCUUUGUCAACGCGAUGCACUGCAUCAUAGGUUUCAUUAUGCAGGGCUUCAUGUCCGCCGUCAUAUUUUCGAAAAUGACGUUGCCCGGGCAACGGUCGCAGACCAUAAAAUUCUCGAAGCAUGCCGUCAUCUGUUCAAGAAACGGCGCGUUCUGUCUUAUGUUCAGGGUGGGCGACAUGCGCAAGAGCCCCUUAAUAGAGACGAAAGUUAAGGCUUACUUUCUCAAGAAGCGAGGCUUUCCGCAGCGCAAUCGGUUCUCGCUCGCGCAGACGCAGAUCACCAUACAGUCAGACGGUUGCGACGACGGUAUAUUUUUUAACUGGCCGUUGGUCAUGUGUCACGUCAUCGAUGAAAAUUCCCCCCUCUACUACCUCUCGCCGAUCGAUCUGAAUCGAGACAGGUUUGAGAUUGUCGUGGUGAUUGAAGGGAUGGACGAAAAUACAGGACAGGUGACGCAAUCGACAGCUAGUUAUCUGCCCAACGAGAUACUGUGGGGACGGAGCUUUCAGACUUUGUUUAAAUACGACGAUAUGCGGAACGAGUACGAAGUGGACUUUUCCAGAUUCGACGGCACCGUUUCGAACGUCACGCCCCUUUGUUCGGCAGCUGUCAAUGUCGCAAAUCACUCGCUAGCAGCAGAGCGCAGCAGGCCCUCUGCGUGAACAUCGUCCGUACUACUUCUGACGCACUUUUUUUUUCUUAAUAACAUACCUUCGAGUUAUAAUGGCGUUUUUUUUGUGUAUGACACAAUGGCGGCAAAGCCAUUCGAAAUUCGAAAAUUAGAC